AUGCUUUCCGCCUUCGGAGUAAGCUACGAUCUAUCUCCGACCCACACCCACACCCACACCCACUGAUCAUCUCCCCCUUUACCCUCUUCUCCAGCGAGUGAUCGGACUGAACGCCCCAAGCACGGAGCCCGUCGCGUCCACUUCCACCUCGACACGAUCCAGUUCUUCGUCCCCGCCACCUCCAUUCCCCGCCCUCAACCCUCAACAACGUCUCAAAUCCUCGUCCUCCUCCUCUACCACCACAUCAUUGACCCACAAGACCCGACCCCCUCCUCCACCACUCUUCCACGUCGAUGCCCCCGAAUCCGAUGACGAACGCGACCUUUACGACGACGACGACGAAGAAGAUGGACGAGGGAACGCCCUCCCACCUUUGAGGAUCGAGCAGGACUCGUUGAAGGCCCCUACGAGUACUGUCAAGAAGGGCAAGAGGGUCAAGGUCUUGAUCGAGAAGGGGUAUUCCCAGUUGGAUUGGGCGAGGCUGCAGAGGAGUGGCGAGGAUCUGAGGGUCGGUUCAUGAUACGCUUAGACGUACGACAAGAGCUCUGCACAAACUGUUGAGACUAGGGGUUUUCUUUUCUUUUCACGACACAGAACGGUGUCACACAACUGAUGCGCAUCACACCGGCGAUGUUGGCCGAGCACAAGACCCGAGACGAUUGUUGGCAGGCCUACGGGGGCAAAGUCUACGACGUCACACGCUUCCUCAAGUUUCAUCCUGGUGGAGUGGGCGAGAUAAUGCGCGCUGCAGCAAAAGAUGGUCAGUGCUGUCCUGGUAGGGUCGUACGAGCAUCCCGGGCUCAUCCCAUUCUUGGCCGAUCUGGCAGGCACCGAACUAUUCAUGAAAACCCAUGCCUGGGUUUCUUACGAUCUCAUGCUCGACGGAUGUUUGAUAGGUUUCUUGGUUCGGGAAUAG